AUGAGCUUGAAAGAAUUCUUGGCAAAAGCCAAAGAGGACUUCUUGAGAAAAUGGGACUGUCAGCCACAGAGCACAUCGUGUCUAGAUGACUUUGACAGACUGAAAACUCUUGGCACUGGAUCUUUUGGAAGAGUAAUGCUAGUCAAGCACAGACAGUCGGGACGAUACUACGCUAUGAAGAUUCUGGACAAAGAAAAAGUAACAGACUUUGGCUUUGCCAAACGAGUCAAAGGCAGAACUUGGACGUUGUGCGGUACACCAGAGUACCUGGCACCAGAGAUCAUUCUCAGCAAGGGCUACAACAAAGCUGUUGACUGGUGGGCAUUGGGCGUUCUGAUCUACGAAAUGGCUGCUGGAUAUCCACCUUUCUUCGCUGAUCAACCUAUUCAGAUCUAUGAGAAAAUUGUAUCUGGCAAGGUACGAUUUCCUUCACACUUUAGCUCAGACCUGAAGGAUCUUCUGCGCAAUCUGCUGCAGGUGGACCUCACAAAACGCUUUGGCAAUUUGAAAAAUGGAGUCAGCGACCUCAAAAACCACAGAUGGUUCGCUACAACAGACUGGAUUGCAAUCUAUGAGAAGAAGAUUGAUGCUCCCAUCAUACCAAAGUGCAGAGGACCUGGAGACACAAGUAACUUUGAUGAGUAUGACGAGGAAGACAUCCGGGUCUCGGUCACAGAGAAAUGUACAAACGAGUUCUUGGAGUUUUAGGAUUUCUGUAAAGGCUUUAGUAGAAGGUUGUUUUGUCUUGUUAUGCAUCUUCAAAGUUGAAUCCAAGAACAUCACAAUUCCUUCCACAGUGCUUUAUUCAAAGAGAUUUGGAAAUUCAAGUUCCAAGUUUCAAGUGUAGUCUACGGCAGCAUUAAAAAAAAGUGAUUUUUUUUUUCACUUGUGUUACACAUUAAGGAAAAGUAGCCUAUAUGUUCCGUAUUAAUACAUGAGAAAAACUCAAUUAUUAUGUUUUAAGUGUGUGUGCACGAUAUGUGGAAUAUGUGUGCCAAAGAAAGCGAUUGGUUGUUCAGAAAUAUCAAAAGAUGAAGAAAGUUUUUCAAAAAUCAAGUAAAAUAUCUCCUUAAACAGUGGUAAUAUUAAUCCUAUAUGAUCCUGAUAUUCCAUAUAAAGUCUUGAAUGGCACUGAAACGUAAUGAAAAGAUGCCUUUUGAUAUGUGCACCUUCUUAUAUGGACCGUGUGAAAACUUUUAUUUUUACGAAAAAUUGUAUAUCUGCUGUAGAGAUUAUGAUGCCCAAUUUUGGGACAACUUAUUUUGACACUGAAUAAAAGAAAAUUAUUUACAUUGCUUUAUAAUGUCCAAUGCCU